CCCCUUCGGCACGUGACCAGCCGAGUCUAUAAAAAGCCGAUCGCAACGCUGGCAGUUUUUACUCAUUGCCCAGAUUCAGCGAACAUGGCGUCGUCGAGUCGAGUGGAUGCUCUUCCAAAAGUUACCUGCCCAAAUCAUCCUGAUGCCCUCCUUGUAGAAGAUUACAGAGCUGGUGAUAUGAUCUGCUCAGAAUGUGGCUUGGUAGUAGGUGAUCGAGUUAUUGAUGUUGGGUCAGAAUGGAGAACGUUUAGCAAUGACAAAGCCACAAAAGAUCCUUCUAGAGUUGGAGAUACUCAAAAUCCCCUGUUAAGUGGUGGAGAUUUAUCUACAAUGAUUGGCAAGGGUACUGGUUCAGCAAGUUUUGAUGAGUUUGGAAACUCAAAAUAUCAAAAUCGUAGGACAAUGAGCAGUUCAGACCGAGCAAUGAUGAAUGCAUUCAAAGAAAUAACAAAUAUGGCAGACCGAAUCAACCUUCCUCGUAAUAUAGUCGAUCGUACAAAUAAUUUAUUUAAGCAAGUAUAUGAACAAAAGAGCCUGAAGGGAAGGAGUAACGAUGCCAUAGCUUCUGCAUGCCUCUACAUUGCCUGUAGACAAGAAGGUGUACCCCGAACGUUUAAAGAAAUUUGUGCAGUGUCCAGAAUUUCAAAGAAAGAAAUUGGAAGAUGCUUUAAGCUUAUCCUGAAAGCUCUGGAAACAAAUGUAGAUUUAAUUACAACUGGAGACUUCAUGUCGAGGUUCUGUUCCAACCUGGGUCUCACCAAGCAAGUACAAAUGGCAGCUACCUACAUUGCACGCAAAGCUGUGGAAUUAGACUUGGUUCCUGGAAGAAGUCCUAUUUCUGUGGCAGCUGCUGCUAUUUAUAUGGCUUCACAAGCAUCUGCAGAGAAGAGAACACAAAAAGAAAUUGGUGACAUUGCAGGAGUUGCUGAUGUUACAAUCCGGCAGUCUUAUAGAUUGAUCUAUCCGAGAGCUCCAGACUUGUUUCCAGCAGACUUCAAGUUUGACACACCUGUUGAUAAGCUGCCACAGCUUUGAGCUGUUACUGUUAGAGAAUACUUAACCUUGUGCAAACCGGUUUGUUUUAAGUGUGUACAAAGCCUCAAUAUAAGAUUGGAAAGAACUUCUUACAAGCUUGUGAUGAACCACAUUCCAAGACUGAUAUUUCAUAUGUAUAUAGGAUUGUGUUAAAUAUUUAAUAUCAGAAUUUUUUUUUUCCCUCCAGCUCAUUGUGUUAAAUACUUCCCAACCUAAAACACAGUGUAUUCCAAAAAGCAUUACUGUAACGGAGAACCAAUUUUUCUGCUCAACCAUUGUGGUUUUGCACUGUUGGUUCUUGAUUUAAAAAUGAUGGGUAAGUAGCCUGUGAAGUAACUAAGGCUGCGUGUAAUACAACCUAAUAUCUGAUUUGGACCUUUUUACUGUAUUGUACAAUGUUUACAGAGGAUUUGUAAUUUUGUGUACAUGUUUUUAUGUGUGGAGUACAGUUUCUAUUUAAUAUAUACUUUAAAGCCAAAUGGCCUACUGUGAGCCUUUUUUUUUUUUUUUUUAGCACAAGCUAAAUCCGUUUGGCAGUUGAAGUGUUUAAUCUAGCAGUAGCUUGCUUUAAAUUGCAAUCAACCUGUGAAAAGGGGAUGUAAAUUUUUGUAUGGUUUUGUAUACUACUUAUUGCAUUGAUUAAACAUUUUGCAAGGCUUUGUAGUAAA